GGUCAUGGCUCCUCAGAAGCAAGAUAAAUCAAGUGAAGGAAUGAAGGAAGGAGAAAUUUGCUGGCUUUGAAUAUCAUUUCUGGGGAGGACUCUAGACUCUAACUGGAUACUAAGACUUGUGACUAUAAGAACUUCAUGGCAGAUGCAGAAGAGACGAAAUAAGUACAGUCCAUAUUGCUCACUAUUUCUUGAACACAGAAGAAAAUGACUGAGUCCCAGGAAUCUCUUACACUGGAGGAUGUGGCUGUGGAGUUCACUUGGGAGGAGUGGCAGCUCCUGGACCCUGCUCAGAAGGACCUGUACUGGGAUGUGAUGUUGGAGAACUAUAACCAUUUGGUGUCACUGGGGUAUCAAGCUAGCAACCCAGAUGCACUGUCCAAGUUGCCACAAGAAGAACCAUGGAUAUUAGAAGAUAAAAUCCAGAAUAGUUCAGGAAUCAGAAAAGUUCACAGUUAUCUGCAAAUAUACUCUCCAAACCAAAGAUUUCUGAGGAGCAUGCGACAAUGCAGUGAACAGAAUGCGUUUAGAAAUAUUUUUCAUCUGAGCAAAACACAUUUGCCCUUAGUGCAAAAUCGUGAUAUGUUUGACUUAUGCAGACAAACUGUGAAAUCAUGUUUAAGUUUAGUCAACCAGAAAAGAAGACAUGAAACAAAUAACUCUAUUGAGUUUAGUGGAGGUGAGAAAACCCUUCUACAUGGUAAACAUGAACAUAUGUAUACAAAUAUUCAAUUCCCAGAAAGUAAAAAGUCUGUUGAUACUAACUUCCACAUCUUUAAGCAUCAGAGGACUCAGAAAAUUGAGAAACUCCAUGCAUCCACUGAAUUUGAGCAGACCCUCCUCGGGAAGUCUCAGCUUGUUUGCCAAGAGAGCAUGCAUACAGGAGAGGAUUCUAGAAGUGGUCAAUGUGAGAAAUCAUCUAGAAGUGUCCUUGUAACUAAGCAUCUGAAAGCUCAUACAAGAGACACGGCCUAUAUACCUAAUGAAUAUAGAAAAGGCUCUACUAUGAAGAGCAGUCUCAUUCCACAUCAGCAAACCCAUACAGAAGAGAAAUCCUAUGUAUGCAGUCAGUGUGGAAAGGGCUUUACGAUGAAUCGCUAUCUAAUUGCUCAUCAGCGAACUCACAGUGGAGAGAAACCUUAUGUAUGUAAUGAAUGUGGAAAAGGCUUCACUGUGAAGAGCAAUCUUAUUGUACAUCAGCGAACUCACACAGGGGAGAAACCUUAUGUAUGCAGUGAAUGUGGAAAAGACUUCACCAUGAAGCGCUAUCUUGUUGUUCAUCAGCGAACUCAUACAGGAGAGAAGCCCUAUAUAUGCAGUGAAUGUGGAAAAGGCUUUACAGUGAAGAGCAACCUCAUUGUACAUCAGCGAUCUCAUACAGGAGAAAAGUCUUAUAUAUGUAGUGAAUGUGGAAAAGGCUUCACUGUGAAGCGCACUCUUGUUAUACAUCAGCGAACUCAUACAGGAGAGAAAUCUUAUAUAUGCAAUGAAUGUGGAAAAGGCUUCACCACAAAGCGCACCCUAAUUAUACAUCAGCGAACUCACACAGGAGAAAAACCCUAUGAAUGCAAUGAAUGUGGUAAAGCUUUCAGCCAGAAAAUAUGCCUCAUACAACAUGAGCGAUGCCAUACAGGAAAGACUCCCUUUGUAUGUACUGAGUGUGGAAAAUCCUAUUCACACAAAUAUGGUCUCAUUACCCAUCAGAGAAUUCACACAGGAGAAAAACCUUAUGAGUGCAAUGCAUGUGGAAAAGCCUUCACCACAAAGUCAGUACUCAAUGUACAUCAAAGAACUCAUACGGGAGAGAGACCAUAUGGAUGCAGCAGUUGUGAGAAAGCCUUUUCCCACUUAUCAAACCUUGUUAAACAUAAGAAAAAGCACAUAAGAGAAAUGGGCAGAAUCAGUCAAAUUGAAAAUUCCUCUAACAGAGAGUCACAGCUUAUUACUUAGAAAUGAAUUUAUGCAAAACAAAAAGUUUAUGAAUGCAAUGGCUGGAAAUGCCUUUUAUGGCCCCUCAGACAUUAUCAAACAGGUUUGUUUCUAGCAGAUUGGAAUGUAAUCAUUAUGCUGCCUGUUGUCAGAUGUGUGCCCUCAGGAGAUGAAAGAAUUUGGCCAGAUGAUAAACUUGGUGAAUACAGUAAAUAUGGUAGUGCCUUUAGUGAUCCUUUACCUCACAUUUUCUGUCAAUGAAAACACGUUGGAAAAACUGUAAUGCAUUUAUUGUGAAAAUGCCAUGAGCAAUAAUUUCUAGCUCAUCUGUCUGCAAAGUGUAUAAUGAGACAAAUUCUGCUAAUGCAGAAACAAGUAAAGCCUUCUGUUGGAAGAUAGACUUUAUUAUCAGGUUCAUCAUAGAUCAUCAGUGAGCUUAUUGUUGAUAGAAAUGUGAUGACCAUGACAAAGCCUUUACCCAGAAAUAAGACUCAAUGAGUGUUAGUUUACACUGGAUAGUAACUUUAAGACAGUAUAUAUGGCAGGAUUUUACUGAUAUAUUCUGCCUCAUCAUUUUUCAGGAAAUUAAAUAGAAAGUAAAAUUAUCUGUAUAUGCUAAAUGUGGAGCACUGCAGAGAGCUUAUGAAGGCAUGCAGUCCAGUGAAAAUGAUGAAUGUAUGAGUGCUUUUUGUUAUAAUUCUAAGUUCAUUAUACAUCAGAUAAUAUACCUGGUGUGCAUUUUCAGGCAGGAUACCUUGAACCUCAUUUCCAGUUGCCUUGUCAGUGAUUCCAUAUUUUUAAAAAUGUAUCUGUUCUCACCAGAUUGCAUUUAUUGUUAUAUAAAAUGGUGGUACAAUAAAUAUAUUUAAUCUUAAAUAUCUAGUUCCUAGCACAGAGCCCCUAAAACCUUUGGAAUUUCAUGAGUGUUUUUGUUAUUCAUAUCAAGCCCCUUUUAAUCACACCUAAGUAUGCUAAUAAGGUGACUUCACAUGGGGCCCCUAGAUAGCCUCAGGAUGCAGCUGGUCACCAGCAAGUUCAAAUGAUCACAAGAUGGAAACUCUCAGUCCCAUCCCCCUCACCUCCUGGGAGGGAGGAAGACUGGAGAUUGAACUCCUGAACAAUAAGCUUCAGAAAGCUU